AUGAAUGACUCUUUCCUAGAAGACUUAGAAUUAGUAUCUACUGAUGUUAAAAAUGUCAAUGCUUAUCCUGUGGAUAGACAUGUGACAACAAGGAAUGCAACAUCCUCUCCUUUGCAAUGUUUACCACAAAAUAAGGGGGAGCAUGGGAAAAGCAUUGAAAAGCAAUCAACUAUUAAAGAAUUACAUGCAAAAGACUUUAAGAAAUUAUCUGAUCAAGAUGUAAGGAAACAGCAGAUGAAAGUAAGAAUAUCUGAUAGGAAAGAGAAACCCAUUGAAAGCAAGUUGAAGCCAAUUGAGAAUAAAGUGAAGAACGAUCUGAAAGAACAAGAGGUUAAAGAUGAUGUUAGAGUGAAGAUUAGAGAGUCAAGAGUGAAAAUUUCUGAGAAUAAAAUGGUUAUGAAAGAUAGAGCACGCCGUUCUGGAAGUUGCAAGGAGAAUAAUCAGACUCCAGAUUUGUCUGUUAAGGAAAACAGCAGGCCUGGUGAUUGUUCAAAAGAAGGAACAUCCCAAGUGGAAGCUGGUAAAGAAAAAACAAAGUCCCAUGAUACUCUUAGAAAAGUAGAAUCAAAAGAAGCUGAUUCUGUUGCAUUGCUUAAUGCUAUUAAAGACAUUGUCAGCAUAUGCACAAAACAGGAGAGCACAAAGAUUUUGAGAGCAAUGCAAGAAUUGCAUUUCAAUUCUCAAGCAAAUCUCAUUAAACACCUGUUGUCCCAAACUGAUGACAUAAUCAAUGAAAUGCAUCCUAGUAAAGACUCUAGCAGAGUACGCAGCCUAAUGGAACAAAAUGAAAGAUUACAAGAGGAUGUUGUUAUUUUACAAAAGAGAAACGAAGAGUUGCAGAAGAAACUUGAAGAGUUUGAGUUUCUGAAACAGGAGAAUGUUACCCUGAAAUUAAAAUGCAAGGAGUUGUCUAAACAAUAG